AUUUCACUUUGUAGCAAGCGAAAAACGAAUUAUAAACAAUAUUAACGUUUAAAAUGCGGUUGAAAGUGACAACGGCACGAGAACCAAAACAUGAGGAUUCGGUAUUAGCUGUCGCUUGGGUGAGAAGCGACGAACUGGUCAGCGUCGGAGACGAUCAGCAAGUGUUAAAAUGGAAUCUAGUGAAUAGUGAUGUCCAGAUGCUAAUGCACUUACCUAGCUCGUUAUAUCCGACAGAUAUUCAGUGGUUUCCACGCGACAACGCCAAGCAACAGCUGAAUGAUAUCUUUGCUUUGACGUCCACGGAAGGUAAAUUUUACAUUUGCAGUCGAAAUGGACGUAUUGAAAAAGUGGUAGAAGCUCAUCAGGGAGCAGUUUUAUCCGGUCGAUGGAGUCACGACGGAUCUACUUUUGCCACUUGUGGAGAAGACGGUGCGGUGAAGAUGUGGUCUCGAAGCGGUAUGCUCCGAAGUAUCUUAUUGGAAAAUGAAUAUCCCGUGUAUGGGAUUUGCUGGAACGGCAAUGAUUCAUGUAUUGCUUUUUGCUGUGGUGAAAAUUGUUUCACUAAAGUUCUUAAAUCGCAGAUAUCAGUAAUCAGAUGGAAGGCUCAUGAUGGUAUAAUACUAUGUAUUGAUUGGAACGCCAAUACAAAUCUUUUGGUGAGCGGUGGAGAAGACUGCAAAUAUAAGGUGUGGGACGAAUAUGGACGCCCAAUGUAUUGCAGUAGUCCACAAGACUAUCCAAUUACAUCAAUCGCAUGGAAUAUUGAUGGUGACCUGUUUGCUGUUGGAUCUUUCAACCUUCUUAGAUUAUGCGAUAAGGCUGGAUGGUCUCAUUCAUUAGAAAAACUAUCCACGGGAAGCAUUUAUAAUAUCAGCUGGUCGCCAGACAGCACGCAACUGGCCGGUGCAUGCUCCGAUGGAAGUGUUCUGCAUGCUUAUUUAGUCGAGAAACGAAUUACAUGGCGAAAUAUAGAAGCAGUACAAACGAAACGCCAACUGAUCGAUAUUCGUGAUGUGCUUUCUGAUGUUGCUUGCGAAAAGUUGGAACUACGAGAUCGAAUCACAAAAUUGUCUCUUGGUUUCGAGCAACUUGUGGUAGCUACUACUAAACAGUGUUACAUUUUCAGCGUAAAGAACUGGAAUACACCAAUUAUAAUGGAUUUGAAGGAAUGCAAUGUUUCUAUGAUUAUGCUUUGUGAAAAGUAUUUCCUGUUGGUCGAUGGUAAUCUAAUGCAGGUAUACAAUUACGAAGGUCGUAUGCAGUGCUUGUUGAAGUUACCGGCUAUGAAUAUAUCUGGAGAAGCAACAAAUGAAAAGACAGCCGCUAUUUCGAAUGAUACCAUAGCUAUUCGAGAUCGAACGGACUUGAAGACAGUGCAUUUUUUUGAAACAAUCACCGGGAAGAGUGUUGGCAGUAGAAAACUUGUACAUACUAAUGAUAUAAUUGAAAUAGCGAUCGAUCAAUGUGGAUCCGCUAGUGAACGGAAAUUAGCAUUUAUAGAUAAAUGCCUAGAUUGUUUUCUGGCAGUCGUGAAGACUUAUGGUGCCUUUCAAAAAAUUGCCAAAAUUGGUGUGAUGGUGACAAACAUUCAUUUUAACGAUCAAACAAAUAUGCUUGCUGGUUUGCAAGACAAUCGUCUUGUUGUGUGGUUAUAUCCAGCUGCUGUCUUUAUCGAUCGUGAUUUACUCCAGAAAACCAUAUUUGAGAACGAUGAGAAUGAUUUUGGAAAGUCCGCAUAUCUACAGAACUUUGUUGGUAGUCACAUCUCAGUGAGGCGUUCUGAUGGCGCACUUAUUCCUUGUACCAUAACACCGUUUGCACCCGCUCUGAAUUCAUGCGUUGCCGCCAAUAAAUGGGAUCAAGCAAUUCGCUUGUGUAGACACAUUCGAGCGAAUCAUUUAUGGGGAAUGCUUGCGGUGAUAGCUACAGAUGCAAAAAAUUUUUACGCAGCUGAAAUUGCAUAUAGCGCUCUCGAUGAGAUUGAGAAGGUGAAAUUUCUAUCACAUUUACGAGCGGAGCAAAGUAAACAAGUUCGGUCGGCAAUGAUGAUCGCUUUUACGAGAAAUUUCAAGGAUGCUGACACUAUGCUUGUACAGAAUGGACAUAUCUUCCGUGCUAUAAUGCUCAAUAUUUCGUUAUUUCGAUGGCAGCGAGCGCUUGAACUGGCGAUAAGAUACAAGAUGCACUUGGAAACGGUGAUCGGUUAUCGGCAGAAAUAUUUGCAAGAAACGGGACGUAAAGAGCUAGACCAGCAUUUUCUAAAGUAUCAAUCCGAGGUGGAAAUCGACUGGGACCACAUUCAACAAACGAUACGUGAAGAUGAAGCCAAGGAUCUUUGA